AAACACCUUCAGUUGAAGUAAGCUUUAAUUAAGUAAGUCUUCGUGUUUAAAAAAAUGGCUUAGGGAAUCACAUACCUAUUGGAAAAGUUUUAUGGCGAAGCACAAUUUUUGCAAUUUUGCAAGUGUCGUAUUGGCAUUUUUUAUUUGAUCAUUUGUUUGCGUUUAAAAAAGUAGGAUUAUCGAAUGAUAUUUUUUCCUGACUAAAUCUAUUUCAAAACAGAAAAUUUUAAAUGCCAUAAGACGUGAAUUAAACUGGAUAAUACAGGGUUCCUAUGACAUUUUGACAGUUUGGACAACUCAAAGACAUUACAAAUGAUAUACUUAAAUUGAAAGGAAACUUCCACGAAGUAUAUAAAAACAAAGUAAGAAACAGAUUUCGAGUCAUCUCAGAUAUUGUUCUUGUUGUGAGUGAAUGUCGUGAAAAAAUAUUGAUUUGAGCUUAAGUAUUCAAAAAAUGCACUCCCGAAAGUCUCUUCUUAGUAUAUUGCUGUGGUUCGGUUUUCUGUCCAACCUUAUUUGGGCACAAAAGGAGCUGAGACGUGACGAAACCUAUCCACCUCCGGAGCUGCUGAAGGAGCUACGGCCUGUUCACGAUUCCUGCGUUGCCAAGACGGGAGUAACAGAAGAGGCCAUAAAGGAGUUCAGCGAUGGGGAUGUACACGAGGACGAGCUGUUGAAGUGUUACAUGUAUUGUGUGUUUGAAGAAACGGAUGUCUUGCAUGAGGACGGUGAAGUGCAUUUGGAGAAGAUACUGGACAAAUUACCGGAAUCGAUGCACGAUAUAGCUUUACAUAUGGGCAAGAAGUGUUUGUAUCCCAAGGGCGAUAAUAAAUGUGAACGCGCGUUUUGGUUGCAUCGCUGCUGGAAGGAAUCAGAUCCAAAGCAUUAUUUUUUGAUUUGAAUAUGGUGUAUUAAUGGUUUGAGCCCUGCUCUGUUCAAGGACAUUCUUUGCAGAUAUUGGAAAUUAUCUAACAUGAAUAUGCGUGUAUAAAUCAGUACUACAUAAGCAUUAGAUUUUUUAUAAUAGAUUUUUGUUUUUUAUUGAUUUUCAAAUAUAGCGUUAACGAACAUUCCAAAAAUUUA